UUUUCAUUUCAAAGCAAGGAAACAGGAGCUUAGACUUUUUCAUACAGUCUGCAAUUCGUAGUCUCGAAGGUUCAAAUUUUUUGAGGGCAUUUGCUGGAAUGGGUGAUCAUCUGCUAUUGUGUGUGGACCGUCUAAUAACACCAGAAAGUUUGCAAUCGCUAAAGCCGGCUAAGGUCCAAGAAUCUUCUGGGGAGGGUUCUUGCUCAAACACAUCUGAGCCAUCCACUUGUGUGAUUGAAGUUAAGAAAGUGGUUGAACACAGCGUUGCUGAAGAAGAAGAAGAACCACUCAUUCAAAUGGUGGAAUGUCGCAUUUGCCAGGAGGAGGACAGUAUUAAAAAUUUGGAGGUUCCUUGUGCUUGUAGUGGCAGCUUGAAGUUUGCCCAUAGGAAAUGUGUUCAACGAUGGUGUGAUGAGAAGGGGGACAUAACUUGUGAAAUAUGUCAUCAGCCGUACCAACCUGGUUACACUGCCCCUCCACCUGCCCCUGAAUCAGAUGACACUACAAUUGAUAUCAGCGAAGGUUGGACAGUAUCUGGUGCUCCAUUGGAUCUGCAUGAUCCUCGUCUCCUGGCAAUGGCAGCUGCAGAACGUCAUCUCUUGGAGGCAGAAUAUGAAGACUAUGCUGAUACCAAUUCCAGUGGAGCUGCCUUCUGCCGCUCUGCUGCUCUAAUUUUAAUGGCCCUUUUACUAUUGAGGCAUGCUCUUUCACUCACCAAUCCAGAUGGAGAAGAUGAUGCUUCUACAUUUUUUUCUCUUUUCUUACUCCGGGCAGCUGGUUUUCUCCUCCCUUGUUACAUCAUGGCCUGGGCCAUCAGUAUAUUGCAACGUCGUAGGCAAAGACAGGAAGAGGCAGCCCUUACGGCUGCUGAAGUUGCAUUUAUGCUCCGCGCAGGACAACAUCAGGGCGUGCAGUUUUCUAUAGCACCAGGACCUGCAAUCAAUCAACAUCAGGAGCUACCACAUUGAUAUGGGUAAAGAUAAUAGUUUGUGAUGAGAUCAUGACGAUAUUGUUAUGCUCAACGCCAUAAAAAAUGGGAGGCAUGUAUUUCCCAAGUGUUAUCUGGUUGUAUGCUAAUUUCUUCUACAGUGAGAUCAUGAGUAUCGUUGUCUUGCUCAUGCAACUAAAUCAAAAUAGCAUCCUUAAAGUGAUGUUUGUACAUAAUUAUGGGUUCUCAAAUCUUCUAUUCCUCAGCCGUAUGUAGGAGUAUUUGCACACAGAUGAAUAUAAUUUGAAAACUUUUCUGGAUAUUUCAUGCCCUGCAUUAGUUUGUAA